AUGGUUAACUAUAUUUGCACAGAUGCGAUAGAAUACGAAGCAGAAUUCAUAUUGGAAGAGCGGGAGAUGACUUCCAGGAGCACGAAAGUGGGAUUGCAGAUACAGCUUGAGCUUGAGCUUUCAUUGAUACAAGAGUGGCUCAGUGGGCUUUAUAUUGAUCGUUUUGGUGAAUCAUAUACCAUGAAGAGUACGUUCAAUGGAGGGUGGCACCUAGGCAGCUAUCAGAAAACAGGUGUGGGAGCCAAGAACAUCGCCACCGCUACCCACCUCCCCCUUGUCAUUAUCAAACACUCCUUCCCUAUAUUGACACCCGAACCAUAUUUCUGUCUACCCGAAUUGAAUAUCGACUCAAGUUUUCCAUCUUUUCAAGUUCGAAUCGGAACCCUAGAUCAACUUCAAAGAAGACCAUUAUUCACCGUUGUCGGCGGUAUCUUCACUAAUUGGUCCUGGUCGAGUACCAAUCCCGCGUUUUCUACGCGGAUUGAAGUGUACGAGUGUAUGAAAGCCCAGCCUGCGUGUCCUCUCGCUUUGAAAGGCCCGCAAAGGCAUAGGCAGUUCAAGAAUCACGCAAGGGGUCGCGAAAUUCUCUCAAUCUCGAGCAAUGCAUUCUCCUCCUCAUUCGUGUCUUCGUAUUGUCGGCCCGAGGGCUCAUCGAACUUAUCGUCCCGUACUAUUGUAUACUCACAUAAUACCUCAUACCCUCCAUCACAAUACAUCACUUCUUUCAUAAUUCAUGCCCCGCAGGGCUACAGAUAUAUAUACCCUGAGCUUACACUGCAUGACUGCCUUGGGAGAAUGCUAAAGGCGCAAAAUUUUGAGCCCCCUACUACAGGUAACCUGAGGGCUACAAGAAUGCGUUGCCUUGAAUGGGCUAAAGUUAUCACAACUAGUGAUACGAUACUGAGCCUCUUCAUGUCGGUUUUCUUCACUGAAAAGUCGUUACUCGCAAGCUCUUGUGAACUCUCGAGGCACUUCAAUUGCGAAAUUCACACAAUACUCUCCGGGACUCGAUCUCUACCAACAACUUCGUCGCCAAAGAGUUACAACGUCCAAUUACGUUCGAGACGGGCACUGCCGAAUAUAGUACAUUUGAGUAAAGACGCCCCCACCCCCUUUUUUUUUCUUUUUGAAGAACGCCGGACUCCUCUUCCAUACAUACACUGCCAAUUGUCAUGCUCUGGGGCGGGGUGGUGUGAUUUCGGGAAACUAAGACGGUUUCUAGGGAUACUCCUCUUCAUAGGUAAAAUUUUCGAAGCAUGUUUUAGUAAACUCUACCGGGCGAUUACCAUUAUUUCCUUUACUAGAUUUCCAGUGCAUUCUACGGUUGUUCCUAAGGCAUUGAAGCUCGCAGUUUCCAAAAUUUUCUGUUUCUACUCGUGUCUACUGUGCUUAGCAGGGGUCUACCUAAGACUCAUCGAUGGUGCAAUUGAUGUUGACCAAACAACUUCCUACAAAUUUCUACUGGCCAUGAAGAGCACUCCAAAACAUAACUCAGACUACUGUAUACAAAUUCUUUUCAAACAACCAUUUCUAUGCCCUAUAUUCGAUACAUCUAACUCCAUGGCGCAGCCAGCAAACCAGGAACACCCACCGUCACUACCCUUAUCACGAAGCCCGAAAAAGCCAUUGCGAGUCCACGUUGGAAGCAGUGAUGCGAAAUUGAAGACUUGUUCAUAUAUUGCCAUAGGAGCGCCCAUCGCCUUGAGUCAACUAACGGGUUUCGGCGCUCUCCCUUGUCAAAAGACUAUAGAUGAGCCUUAUUUUUUCAACCGUGGAAGUAUCAGGAAGAUUGAUCAUACUCCCAAGCAAGACUCACUUCAGUCGCUAAAGUCAAACCCCUGGGUACAUGUUUUUGAGUCAUAUGACUGUGAAGCGCGAAAUUUUAGUGGCAUCUCAGUCUGGCAGCUCGAAGAGCCAGAGCAGCUCAGGCUCAGUCCAAGUUCUCCAUUGUUAUACCAAAUGCACCCGCCGGUAUAUCCCUCCAUUGGAAACACUUUGUUCUGCCCUUUUGACAAUGUGGAACCAAAUUUGGAACCUAAAACAAGGAAUAUGUGUUGA